AUGACGAGAGAUAUACAGAACCACCUACUCUUCGAGACGGCCACGGAGGUAGCGAACAAGGUCGGGGGCAUCUACUCGGUGCUGAAGUCGAAGGCACCGGUGACCUGCGCUCAGUACAAGGACCACUACCACUGUAUUGGGCCCCUGAAUCCAGACUCGGUGCAGAUAGAAGUGGAGGCGCUGGACUGGGAGGAUGACAGCGUGUGGAGCCGGGAGAUGCUGCCGGUAAAACGGUCGCUGCAGCACAUGCGGGAGCGCGGCGUGAACUUCGUAUAUGGCCGGUGGUUGGUGGAGGGUGCGCCGCGGGUGAUCUUGUUCGACCUUGUUUCCGUGACGCACCAUCUCAACGAGUGGAAGGCCGACCUGUGGAACAGCUGCGGGAUCCCCUCGCCGCAAGAUGACCAGGAGACGAACAACUCGAUCCUGUUAGGGUACACCGUGGCUUGGUUUCUCGGAGAGUUGACGGCGCAGGACCAGCAGCAUGCGAUUGUGGCCCACUUCCACGAAUGGCUUGCAGGCGUGGCGCUGCCCCUAUGUCGGAAACGGAGGAUCGACGUGGUGACGAUAUUCACCACCCAUGCGACUUUGUUGGGAAGACAUCUGUGUGCAGGCAAUGCUGAUUUCUACAACAAUUUGGAUAAGUUUGAUGUCGAUGCAGAGGCCGGUAAGCGGGGCAUUUACCAUUGCUACUGUAUCGAGCGGGCGGCUGCCCAUACGGCCGAUGUCUUCACGACUGUUUCGCAGAUUACUGCAUACGAGUCCGAGCACUUGCUGAAACGGAAGGCUGACGGGAUCUUGCCGAAUGGUUUGAAUGUCAUAAAAUUUCAAACAGUGCACGAAUUCCAAAACCUGCACGCCCUCAAGAAGGAACGCAUCCAUGACUUUGUACGCGGUCACUUUCACUGGAACUAUGACUUUGACCUAGACAAGACGCUGUACUUCUUCAUCGCUGGUAGGUAUGAAUAUCGCAACAAAGGUGCCGAUAUGUUUAUUGAGGCGUUGGCACGGCUAAACUACCGGUUAAAGGCUGCGGGAUCGAAGAUGACGGUGAUAGCGUUUAUCAUCAUGCCAGCGAAGACUAGGUCGUACACUGUGGAGGCUCUGAAGGGCCAGGCGGUGGUCAAAGCUCUCGAGAGCACCGUUAAGGAUGUAACGACUUCCAUCGGCCACAGGUUGUUUGAGCAUGCCAUGAGAUACCCUCGCAGCGGCAAAUCCGAGAUACCAACCGAUCUGGGAGAACUAUUGAAACCCUCUGACACUGUGCUUCUAAAAAAACGUGUAUUUGCAUUGCGCAGGCCAGAAAGUUCAUUGCCACCGAUCGUGACGCACAAUAUGGUUGACGACGCCUCUGAUCCUAUUCUAAAUCAAAUAAGGCGGGUCCAACUAUUCAACAACUCCUCCGACCGAGUAAAGAUUAUCUUUCACCCAGAGUUCCUCAAUGCGAACAACCCUAUUCUGUCGCUGGACUAUGACGAGUUUGUCAGGGGGUGCCAUCUGGGCGUGUUCCCCUCGUACUAUGAACCAUGGGGCUACACUCCAGCGGAGUGUACCGUCAUGGGUGUCCCAUCUAUUACGACUAAUCUGUCUGGUUUUGGUGCAUACAUGGAGGAUCUGAUCGAGAGAGACCAGGCAAAGGACUAUGGUAUUUAUAUCGUGGACCGGAGAUUUAAAAACCCAGACGAAAGUGUCGAGCAGUUGGUGGACUACCUAGACGACUUUUGCAAGAAGACUAGGCGACAGAGAAUCAAUCAGAGAAAUAGAACCGAAAGACUGUCUGACCUCUUGGACUGGCGCCGCAUGGGCCUGGAGUAUGUUAAAGCACGCCAGCUGGCCUUACGGCGUGCGUACCCUGAGGAGUUCAGAGCCUUGGUAGGCGAGGACCUGGAUGACCAUGAUAUGGAUUCUCUUGCUGGGGGCCAGAAGUUCAAGGUUGCAAGGCCUCUUUCUGUCCCUGGCUCACCCAGAGACCGGUCGAGCUCGAUGAGCGCCAUCCUGAUGACCCCUGGAGAUCUGGGAACGCUGCAGGAUGCUAACAAUGCGAAUGACUACUUCCAUCUGUCAAUGCAGACCGACGAUGACGAGGAGGGAGAGGAUGGCCGCGAAGAUGACUAA